AUGAGCUUUUCCAACUCUCGCCUGAAAGGCUUUGGUUUCGGUAAACGCAAGUCAACUGCCAGCAUCCAAACGCCCGAUCCGAACCACACUUCCAGCCCGACCCCUCCUCCCCAGGCCGGUCACCCUUCUGGUGCCCCUCAAAUACCGCAGCAGCUUCCCAUCCGACCAGGUUCCAUCGCCUCGACCUCGUCCGCCUCAAUCGCCCCCAUGAAUCACCCAGGCUCCGGCAACCGCCCUCCGAGCUACUCGGCCAACUUCCCUCCCGGCGCUCCUCCCCCCAUGGGCCGUACGAGUCCCAUGACCGGUCAAGGCCCGGCUCGCACUCCUCCCAGCCAGAUGGUCGGCGGUCCCCCGCCCAUCAACACUGGCGCUCCCGUCGCUGGUUACCCGCCUCAGCUGCCUCCCAUCGGUGGCCAAGGCCAUCCCAUGGGCGGUCCUCCUCAGUACGGCGGCGGCGGCGGUGGUGGUGGCGGCUACCCUCCUCCGGGCCCUCCUCAAGGCCAGCCCUUGGCGCAAUACCAGCGUGGAGGCAACGCCGCCGAGGUUGAGGGCAACAGCAGGAAUAAGGCCCAGCUGAUUGUCGGUAUCGAUUUUGGUACGACUUUCUCGGGUGUUGCCUUUGCAUUUGCCACAAACAACGAAGCCAAAGAGGACAUCAUUACGGAAUGGCCUGGUGCCGGAUCAUACACGAAGCAAAAGGUUGUCCCGAGCCCCGAAUUCUGUGUGGUCGUGAUCCCCACCGUCCUCUACUACGAUCAAUACCAGAAGGUUGUUGGCUGGGGACCCGAUAUUGCCGAUGCUCUUGCGCCUACUGGAUACCCGAAGCCCGGCGUGCAAAAGGUCGAAUGGUUCAAGCUGCAGCUCAUGUUGUCCGGCAACACAUACAUCGACCCCAUCAACCUGCCCCCUCUGCCCCCCGGAAAGUCCGAGAUCGAUGUCGCCGCCGACUACCUCUUCAAGCUCCGCCAGGCGAUGCGCUCUGCGCUACAGAAGACUCUCGGUGAGGUCUUUAACCGUGAGGAGCGCAACAUUCGCUACUACCUGACGGUGCCCGCCAUCUGGAACGAUGCCGGCAAGGCUGCGACCAGAGCUGCUGCCAUCCAGGCCGGCUUCCUCCGAGACGAGAAUGAUAACCGGUUGACGCUGGUCUCCGAGCCCGAGGCGGCCGCCAUUUUCUGUUCCAAGACGGGUCUUCUAAACCUGAAGGUGCACGACGCCGUGCUGAUUGUCGAUUGCGGUGGUGGCACUGUUGAUUUGAUCGCGUACGAGGUUGAGGAAGAGAACCCCUUUACGGUGGCUGAGUGCACGGCAGGAUCCGGUGACUCGUGCGGCUCGACGGCUCUGAACCGCAACUUUAGCAACAUCUUGCGUACCAAGAUCCGCAAGAUGAAGCUGCCCGACGGAUCCAAGACAGCCGGGCGCGUCUACGCCAAGUGCAUCAUGGACUUUGAGAACCGCAUCAAGGCCGACUUCCGCAAUAACGGUCAGAAGUGGGCCGUCGACGUGGGUAUCGAGGCCGAGUUCCCCGAGGCCGGCAUCGAGGAGGGCUACAUGACCUUCACCAACGAGGAGAUUCUGCAGUGCUUCGAGCCCGUCGUCAACCGCAUUCUCGAGCUCGUCCGAAACCAGAUCAUUGCCAUUCAGGCGCAGAACCGCACACUGCAGAACAUCCUCGUCGUCGGUGGUUUCGGUGCAUCCGAGUACCUCUUUCAGCAGAUCAAGCUCCACGUCCCCCCUCAGUUCCAGUCCAAGGUCGUUCGUCCGAUGGACUCGGUCGCCGCCAUCGUCAAGGGCGCCGUCACGGCCGGCAUUACCGAGCGCGUCGUCACCCACCGCGUCGCGCGUCGCCACUACCUCAUGGCCACCCUGCAGCCCUUCAAGGAGGGCUACCACCCGGAGGCGUACCGCGUGCCGUCCCUCGACGGCAAGGACCGUUGCAAGUUCACGCGGCAGAUCUUUGUGCAGAAGGGCCAGAAGGUCAAGAUUGGCGAGCCUGUCAAGGUCUCGUUCUUCCGACAAGUCGCCCCCGGCGCUACGCUUAUGUAUGAAGAUAUUCUGUACGCCUGCGACGACGACGUCUGCCCGGAGUACACCAAGGACCCUCGCAUCAAGGAAGUGGUCACGCUCACCUCGGACCUGUCCCGCAAGAACCUCGAAAAGGACUUUGAGAGAAUGGACACGCCACAAGGCACGUUCUACCGUGUCUACUUUGACAUUUACCUGACGCUUGACGGAUCCGAGUUCAGCGCAGAGCUCGUCUGCCAGGGCGAGGUUAUGGGUCGCUGCAGAGCGCGCUUCAGGUAA